CGUGACGUCAUGCUGUCCGCGGUGCUGAAGCGGUGACGUCGCGGGCGCCGCUCGUCACGCAUCCUCUCCUCUUCUGCCAUUUUUCCUGCUGCUGGCUAAUUUGCUAACCGAGGGGGUCUCCAUCAGCCGGAGGCGGGGGAAGACUGCGAGGCAGCAGAGAGAGAGGCAGUCACCGUACAGACCCGAACCUUCCCUGGAGAACCGGGGGGCUCUUCCUCACAGUGAACCGUUUCCAGAGAGGCGACACCAUGUCUGAUUUUGACAGCAACCCGUUCGCAGACCCGGACUUCAGCAACCCCUUUCAGGAUCCCUCUGUGACGCAGGUGACCCGGUCUGCCCCUCCUGGUGGUCUGGAGGAAUAUAACCCCUUCACAGACGGCAGAACGGCAGCCCCUGGAAAUGCCCCCAAGUCUACUCCUGCCCCUGCCCAGAACACACAACCUGCCAUCAUGAAGCCCACAGAAGAGCCUCCAGCUUAUUCACAGCAACAGACUCAGGACCAAGCACGUGCUCAGGCUGAGCUGUUGAGAAGGCAGGAGGAGUUAGAGAAGAAAGCAGCGGAGCUUGAUCGUCGCGAGAAGGAGUUGCAGUCCCACGGAGCCGCGGGAGGGCGUAAGAACAACUGGCCUCCACUGCCAGAGAAGUUCCCCGUUGGCCCAUGUUUCUACCAUGAUAUUGCUGUGGACAUUCCUGUAGAGUUCCAGAAGACAGUCAAGAUCAUGUACAACCUUUGGAUCUUUCAUGCAGGCACGCUCUUUGUGAACAUGUUCGGCUGCCUGGCCUGGUUCUGUGUGGAUGCAUCUCGUGGUGUAGAUUUUGGCCUGGCGAUGCUAUGGUUUCUGCUGUUCACCCCCUGUUCUUUCGUCUGCUGGUACAGACCGCUUUACGGGGCUUUCAGGAGUGACAGUUCAUUCCGCUUCUUUGUCUUCUUCUUCGUCUACAUCUGUCAGUUUGGAGUUCACGUUCUACAAACUAUCGGCAUCACCGGCUGGGGAACAUGUGGCUGGAUUACAGCUUUAACUGGUCUGAACACCAGCAUCCCAGUGGGCAUCAUCAUGUUACUGAUCGCGGCUCUGUUCACUGCACUGUCUGUGGGCUCGCUCAUCAUGUUUAAAAAGGUAACACGAUCACACAUCACUCCAACAUUGGUUUUUGGAGCCCUGCACACUAACGCUGCUAUGAGUCUGGAGAGCUGCUAG